CGGCGCCGCCAUGGCUCUCAGCGCGGCGCUCGGCCGGGGCGACCGGGGUUCGGGCAACAAGGAUCUGGAAUCCCUCGACGCCUGCGUACAGAGCACACUCUCUGCCCUCUACCCGCCUUUUGAGGCCACGGCAGCCACCGUGCUCUGGCAGCUGUUCAGCGUGGCCGAGAAGCUCUACGGUGGCGAUGGGCUGCGCUGCCUCAUGGACUUCCUCAUCCCAGCCAAGAGGGCCCUGCAGCACCUGCAGCGGGAGGCCUGUGCCAGGUACGCGGGCCUCCUCUUCCUGCACGAAGGCUGGCCGCUGUGCAUCCGCGAGAAGGUGGUGGUGCAGCUGGCGCCGCUGCGCGGAGUCAGCCUCAGGCCUGGGGACUUCUACCUGCAGAUCAGCGUGGCGGCGGGGAGGCAGCCCGCCAGACUGGUCUUGAAACGCCUCUCCCGGCUUGGGCAAGGCUCGGAGGAAGUCGCUGUCCCCGAGGCCAUGUACGGCUGUGUCUUCACGGGACAGUUCCUGGAACUGGUGAACGGGGAGCAGAGCAGUGUCCCCUUGCAAAACUGCUUGCUGACCUCGGGCUCGGCGGUCUACCGCACCCCCUGGAACAACGUCACAGACCCUGUCUUUGUCGCCACCACCGGAACCAACCUGCGCAGCUGCCCCAGCCGUCCUGGGCCUCAGCAGCCGCCACCCGGCAGCGCCUCGGAGGCUGCAGCCCCGGCACCAACCGCGGCCAGCCCCGCUCCCCAGGGAGGCACGCCUUCCAAGCACACCCCAGCCCUGCCCCACUGCGCCGGGCAUCCCAGCAGGGACCAGCCCCGCCGUCUUCCUUCCCCAGGAAGGGCUGAGUGCGAAAGCCCCAGGACCCUGUCCGGGAGUCCCAGUAGAGGCCUCACGGGGGUUGGCCCCUCAGAGCAGGACCCCUGGGAGUGUCCUGAGAGCCCUGAAGGACCAGGAGGGAGGCUGGACCCCACGGACAGCAAGGACGGCUCCAAGGCCCUCGCCUGCCACGCAGAGGGGGGCAGCCCGAGCUCCAGGAGGCGGCCGCCCAGGGCCCCAGCCAGUGUGGAGGCCAGACGCUGGUUCAGGAAGUCCUACAUGGAGGCCCUGCGGAACCCUAUGCCCCUGGGCUCCAGCUCUGAGGACUCCAUCGGGGACGAGGCCUGUGGCUCCCAGACCCACGGCCACAGGGCCCGGGGGGCCAGGGCAGCGGCCAGUCUUACCCAGGAAGAGAUCCCUGGCCCUGGGGGAGACCCCCAGGAGAUCCCGAGUCAAGAGAGUGGUCCAGGAGCUGCAGGGAGGACCCUUCCCAGGAGGUCUCGAUCCUGGGAUAGGUCCCUCAGAAGCUCCCGAGGUGACACCCGGCGGGCCUCCCAGCACUUAGCCAGCACCAGGCCCGGGGGUCUCCUGGGAGGACAAGCGGUGGGGACCAGAACCACAGGCUCCAGCUGUCCAGACAUGGUGGAGAGUCCCAGCUGCACAGGAGAGGAAGCUGGCGUCUGUGCAGAGGGCAGCAGCUUCCGAGGAAGCAGCCCCAUCCGCUGUUCAGACCUGCUUGCUGAGCCGCUGUGCCCCGAGGGUGAAGGGUGGACACCUGGCCCAGGAGACCUGCCCAGCCAGGCGCCCAGGCAGGAGCUGGAAAUCGACCAGGAGCUACUGCAGUCCGGGGUGGUCACCCUCCCAGGAACCCGAGACCGUCAGGGAAGAGCGGUGGUGCAGGUCUGUACAAGGGGCCCACUCUGGUCCAGCGAACACACGUCCAGUGCUGAGCUGACCCGUCUGCUGAAGUACCUCCACACCAUCCCCAGGAAGGAGGUGCGGGAGCUGGGGCUGGUCAUCCUGGCGGAGGCACGCAAGAGCCUGGCCGCCCCCGCCCUCUCCCGGGCCCUGGCGGCCCUGCAGAACACAUCUCCUCCCUUAAUUCAUAGUAUUUUGCUGCUGGUGGAUAAAGAAUCAGCAUUUAGGCCUGACAAGGAUGCAACAAUUCAGUGUGAGCUGGUGGGUUCCCUGAAGGCCCUGCACAAACUUGUCGACAGCUCCCAGCUGACUGCAGACCUCGAGGGCUCCUUUCCUUACAGCCACAGUGCCUGGAUCUGCUUCCGUCGGAAGCUGGAGCCCUUCACCUCAAACUGCAAGGAAGCCAUUGUUUUCCUACAAAAUUCAGUCCACUCCCUGAACACCCACAGGACCCCAAGCACAGCACAGGAGGUCGCAGAGUUGAUCGGCAAGCACAGGGCGGUGAUGAAGCAUGUCCUGGAAGACGCGCGGCUGGUGGCCCUCCGGCUGGAAGGCGGCACCGUGCUGGCACGGCUGAGGAGGGAGGAGCACGGCGCCGGCCAAGACUGCCAGGACACCAUCGAGGCUGCCUGCAGGCUGUACAACCAAGUGGACGAAGAGGUCCACAGGCUGGUCCUCGCCUCCAACAGGUGUCUGCAGGAGCUGGAGAGUCUGCAGGCACUGAAGAAGCUCCAGGCGAGGACACCAGUCAGGGCUCCAGGGGGGAGGCGACCAGGUCAGUGUCCUGGGAGAGGUGACCAGUCAGGGAGCCAGGGGGAGGUGACAGUCAGGGCUCCAGGGGGAGGCGACCAGGUCAGUGUCCUGGGAGAGGUGACCAGUCAGGGCUCCAGGGGGAGAAAGAGAGAAAUUCCUCGGGCCUUUGGCGCUGCUCUCUCUGGGGAACACAAAGCAGUGGCAGGCGUCCCAGGCUCUCCCGGACGGGCUGACGCAAUACCGUCCGAAAGGGCUGCGGCUGAUGGAAGAGGACUUGCAAGGCGCAAGGAAGGGACCCAGGCCUUCAGAAGGAGUCUGAGCGCCAAGGCCGGCCUGGCUGAGCGGAGGGAGGGCAAGCUGGCCAGGCAGGCCCGCGGGUCCAAGUUCUGCGAGACGGUGAGCGGGCGGACGCUGCGGUGCAGUCAGUGCCUGGGGCACCUGGACCCACAGCUGGUCACCGAGGGUCGGACGCGCUGUCGCCGGGAGGCCGUGCAGAGCUUCCCCGGGGCGAGUGUGGUGGUGGUGGGCCCCGGCGGCCACUGGGCGCUGCCACGGGGCCAAACCUUGUGGCUGCAGAGCUGGCAGACCCGACGCCACUGGCAAGAGGCCCUUGGAGAGGCAGCCCCGGGCCCCGGCACCCUGCCUCUGGGCUGGAGACCCCGAAGCACGAGCUUGCCCAGGGACCCGAGGGGCAGCCCCUUGAGCCUGCCUGGACCCCUCCCGCGGACCCCGAGGCCCGAGCUGGGGAGUGGGCCGGACAAGCUGCUGUGUGUGGCCAGGAAGCUUGACAGUGGCCCCAGGGACUCCCUCCGGCUGGGCCACACUGGCGUCUUUAUCAAAGGCCUGGAGGUGGCCAACACCACCGUGGCCUCAGAGAAGCAGCCCCCGCUGAGGCCACGUGCCGAGAGCCCUCGGCUCCCUCGGAACCGGAGUCUGUCCUCUCCCUCCAGGAUCCACCCCUCCGAGGAGGAUGGGAAGGGGCGAGCUGGAAGCAGCCGACCGCAGCACGUGAUGGCCGAGAUGAUCUCCACGGAGAGGCAGUACGUUAGGUCCUUAGGAUGUGUCACCAACAACUGUUUUCCAGAAAUGGAAAGGACGGACCUGCCCCAGGACCUCCGAGGGAAGCGCAGCGUCAUUUUCGGGAACUGGGAGACGCUCUACGCCUUCCACCGCGGGCACUUCCGGGGCUGGAGCGCUGCCGGCAUCGCGCCCUGGGCCGUGGGCCACGCGUUCCUGAGAUAUGAGGAGCAGCUUGGCAUGUCCGCGCUCUACAGCAAGAACAAGCCCCGGGCGGACGUCCUGCUCUGCAGCCACGGCAACGCCUUCUUCAGGGACAAGCCGCGGGAGCUGGGCGACAAGACGGACCUGGCCUCCUACCUGCUGAAGCCCGCGCAGCGCGUGGCCAAGUACUCUCUGCUCCGGGCCCUGGUCAAGGAGGCUGGCGGCUGCCCCGCCCGUUAGCAGGAGCUGGGGGAGCUGAGGGCCGCCGAGGACGCGGUGCGCUUCCAGCUGCGCCACGGCGACGGCCUGCUGGCCCUGGACGCCGUCCGCGGCUGUGACGUGGAUUUGAAGGCACAGGGGCAGCUGAGAUGCCAGGACGAGUUCCUCGUUUGCUGCAGAAGGAAGAAGCACCUGAGGCGCGUGUUUCCGUUUGAAGACCUCAUCCUGUUCAGCAAGACCCAGAAGGUGGACGGAGGCCACGAUGUGUACGCGUACAAGCAGUCCUUCAAGAUGGCAGAGAUCGGGAUGACAGAGAACGUCGGGGACAGUGGCUUGAGGUUUGAGAUCUGGUUCCGCAGGCGGCGGAAAUCGCAGGACACCUACGUUCUCCAGGCGAGCUCCGCGGAGGUCAAGACCGCCUGGACGGACGUGAUAGGGAAGAUCCUGUGGCGGCAGGCUCUGCGGAGCCGAGGUGGACAGAGCGGCUGGAGGGCGCUCGGCCACCAUCCAUCAGCACACGAACACUUACUUCUCCUUAAAACGAUAAGCAAGACCCCGGCCCCCACACUCAGAGAGAGGUCUCAGCCCCAGCUCCCAGACGCCCUCAGACCCGUGGCGUCAGCUUUCUGCCCUGCCCUGUGGUCAAGGCCCCUGGCCUCCUGGACGCUGCGCCGAUGGCCAGCCUGUGGUCUCCCCACAGUUUCAAGCGUGUGCGGAUACCUGUCAGUGUGUCUUUCCUGGAGCCAUGCCCUGCCUGGAGGCCUCUGCCCACUACAAGAGGCACGGACCCGAGCGUCCAGAGCCGUGCCCUCCUGUGACCACACCGCCCUCAAGGGACCGCACCCCACCCUCUCAGACAGUAGCACACCCUCCUCCAGCGGCCGGCCCUCCUGCCCCCUGGGGCCGCUGCCCCCGCACGCGCCCACAAGCCCUGCCCGCUGCCCCGUGCAGGUGCCUCUGCGCAAAGUGUUGGGCGUGAGCUGCUCAGAGCAGGCAGCGGCCACGGGGAGCACGCACCAUCGCCUGCCCAGAGCCACCGCGCUCUCCUGGACACGUCGCUCAGGCUCCAGGACCGCGGGCGGCUCCCAUCUGGGCUGCGGCAGCCUCUGGUCAGCCCCGAAUCUGGAGGUGGGACUUCUCCCGGCAGGAAGACCAGGCGGAAGGGUCUGCGUCGGAGGGCUCAGGUCUGCCAUCCCCAGCGCGGCCCGCAGAGGCCACCCGCCAGCCACACUCGAGGUUGUGGCUGCACCCUGGCAGGGGCCCCACCCUGGGGAGUGA